AUGUAAAUAAAUCAAGCAUUAAUUGUAAAAAUGAAUUCAAAAUUAGAAUAAUUUAUAAAUUUCAAUGAAUAGAAGCAAUGUACUUUAAUUCUGAAUAAUAUUUUUAAUGGUGUUGAAGGAAAGAAAGCUGUUGAUUCUGAAUCAAGCUAAAUUGUUCAAUAAACGAGUACUAACCCAACAGAAAAAAAUAUAGUUUAUCAGAUUGAGAAUAAGACAGAGUAUUAGAGUGAAUUACAAUAAAUUGAAUAUUAUGUUUAUGAGGAUUUGUAAAACUUUGUUAAUCUUUUAUAUUCUUUAAAAGCGGUAAAGGAACAUUUUAAAGAGUACCCUAGCCAUCCUAUGAUUGUUUUAAGUAGGAACAAGGUAAUUUUAUAAUUAAAUCUUUCGAAUGCAAUUCAUUAUGAUUUGAUAAGUUAAUAUAAAGACAACUUGAAGAAAGUUUUACUAAAAGAAAAGGAACAUGCUAAAAAUAUAAUAAACUAAUUCAAAUUAAUUCUAGGAGAUGAAUAUUAAUAGCAUAUUGAUUACUUUCUAUCAAAUGUUUUGAAUGAAAAAAUUUCUAUGAAAAACUUAAAUCUAGAAAAAGUAGAGGAAUCAAACUGUAGAAGUGAAAAUUUAAAUAUACAUUUAUUUGAUUAAGCCUUGGAGUCUCAAAAGAUUUUCAGCCAUUGGAUAAAAUCUAAAACUUAUCAUUCAAACACAUUUGAUUCCUUUAUCUUUAAAGCAAUAUGUUAUAAGUAAACUACAGAGAUUAAGUUAUUAUCUAAUUUUCCAGCAUCCAGCUUAAAUGAAAAAAGGAAAUGA